ACAGGAAGCGUAAAUGUUCAGAUGUGCGAGUCGAAUCAACUGGACGUUGUGUCAUUGGAUUUGUUGUUCGGAUGUAGCUUGGUUCUAAACUAGACAACGUUAGCCCCGUGAAAUAUGAAGAUCUGGCCAGAUUUAAAACCACCGAGAAGAAAUAAAGAAACAAAGAAAUGCCACGAGUCCUAAGGUUAACUUUACAUGCCUCAUUAGCUUGUUUUAUACAAAACAUGAUGGGGAGUUGCACAUCAACGUUAGCUCUUCCUUCUUCAGGACUGUGGCCACUACCAUGGGUCUGCUUAAGGUAAUGCUUUAGUGAGCUUGCUAACAUUACUCAACAUUAGCUACUGAAGUUUCUGUCUCGUAUGAAGUUGAAAGAGUGAGGAGAAAUGGAUGAUGUGGUCACUCUCAGUUCUGACAGUGAUAAAGACUCUGAUGUGGAAAUUAUCGGCUCCUUUUGUAACGUUAUGACCAAAGCGGAUCCACUGCCUCUGUCGGCUGUGCGAGUUGACGUUGAUUCCGUCAACGUCCCAACGCUUUAUAUUGACCUCACAAAUCCUAGAUGGACUCUUCCAGAGCUGAAGUUGCGCAAAAGACAAAAUUCCACUUCCUUGAAAGUGGUAGACUUGACUGAGACCAAUGUAGCAAAUGCGACAAAACAGAAGAUAGGGUAUUUGCCACCAGAUGUCUCUCAAAUGAAAAAAGAAAGUACAAAUAAAGAUGAAACUUCAAACUUACAAGAAAGCUCUUCAAGAGACCCAACUGUAUUUGAACUACAGCUGCAAUGUGGUAACUUCAAGCCAAAGAUGAGAAUUUUGGAUUCUCAAACACGACACCAAAAGCAGACAGAUAAAGCACAUCGUCGCACAGCAUUUGUAAAAUUAAGACGAUUGCCUUUUCUUGAAACUCUUGUCACAGAACAGAAAACAUCGAGGAGUUCUGUCGAUUUAAACAAAGAUUGUACAAACAUGUCACUCCACCACAGUCAACAAGACUAUGCUAUUGAAACACCAGAAUGCAAUAGUAAUUUAAGCAGAACUACCACACCAAAUGGUCCUCACAUGGAUCCCUCACUGGAUGAGUCUCCUCCUAGUGUGGUUGAAUCUCUUAUCAAACAGGACGGACAAGACAACAGUAAUGAAGAUACCAGCACACAGUUAAAUACUAAAAUAUCUCAGCAUCUACGGAGCCCAGCUGACUCUCCCUGCUCAGAUAAAUGGGUCUCUGUUGCAUUCUCAAAGGAGCACGGCACUCGUGAAGACAAAAGGGAUGACUUUACCUCAUCCCUGUUCAUCCCCUCUCCAACAUCCCCCUCUUCAUCUCAAGAUAAAGCAAAAGGUUCCUUACAAAGAGAAGUCUCCUGCUCCAAACUAGAACAACUGGAAUUAGAAAAAGCUAAUUCUAAGCAAAGCUAUCUCACUGAUCUCUCAUUCCCCCACUCUCCUUCCACUGGACCUAACCCUUCUGAGCCUUUUGACCGUGACUCUCCGUCCCACACAAGUCUCAUAUCUCAUAACCUUAUGAGCCAAGUCAACCCAACACCCACCUCUGAGCACACACUAGCUGGAAAUACGUCUGAAUGGCAACCGGAGGAUGCUAAGGCUGAUGAGGCCUCAAACAGCUCUGACUUCUUGCACUAUAGCAUCCCUAGUGGACCUUUUUUGUCAUUGUCAAAUGAGGACAUGGAUGACAGAUCUGGGGGUGGGACAUACAGAGGUGAUCUGGGCAUUGACAGUCCAGUGUCUUUUCUUUGGCAAGAGGGGAGUGAUGGAGACGAAGUGAACAAAGAAGGCAGAUUUGACAUGGACUUCAGGGCAGCCAGUAGAGACGACCGGCAGUUGGUGUGCCCAAUUACACUCAGGAAAAUAAUGUCUGGACCAGCUCAAGCCCUGCUUGAUGAGGAAGAUGAAGGUUUUGGAACUCCAGAGGUGCUGUGCCGUCAGAGCCUGAGCCUGGUUUACAGUACCAUUGAUGAAAACUACACAGAAGGCACCUUGCAGCUCUUGUCUGACCUGCUACAGCCUGGUUACUAUCCCCCCAGAGAUAUCACCAACCACCUGCUGCGUGGCGUUCUGCUCGACCCACAGUGUCCUUAUCACCUCUGCGUGCAGGCCUUUAAUCUGCUGAUGAGGACACAGAGACACCACACAGCUGAUAAAACUACAGUUCCAUGGGACUGGGAGUUGUUGACCUCUGUCACGGCCAAUCAGGACGAUAUAAAGAGGCGACGGAGUGAGGUUGUGCGUAUGCUCCUGGACUAUGUAGUGCAGACUUUGGAGGAUGACUUCCAGGCCAAACGCACCAUCUCUGACCUCCACCAGUCCAUCGCCAAGGCAACAUUGUCAUGUGAUCAGCAGUUCCCUCACGUCAGGGAGAUCAUCAAGUGGCUCUUUUCUGCCAUUAUGAAAUCAACAGAGCAUGGAGAGAGUAAAGAAGCAGCCAGAGAGAGGGAUGAACAAAUCAGAAUGGUGUCCAUCUUUCAGAGGAUGCUAUCCUUGGCUCUGGAGGUGGAUCGUUCUCCAGCUCUAAACUCUGCCAAGCUGUCCCAGGAGCUCUUCCAUAUGCUCAUCAGCAAUACACCUCUACGAGCACACAGGAUGUUGUUGCUGGAGAGCUUGCAGAGCAAACUGCUGAGAUGUAAGCUGUUGGAACAUCUGCUGGACUAUGCAUGCCCACAGAAAAUCUCUCUGCCCAUGUCGCUCAGUCUUCUGCUUCACUUUUUGAAGCACUGCACUCUGACACCAGACCCUUCGUGGCCAUUCAAUGCGAUCCAUGACUGUAUUCACCAGGAUGGUACUGCAGGGUGGCAGAGGUGGGAAGAGUUGGUCCAUCUUCUCUGGAUGUUGCUGCUCAGCUACAACAAGGCGAUGAAAGGCUAUCUGUGCAACUCAGUCUCAGAACAAAGAGGAAAAGUUGGCAACUUGGUCUACAGGCCGGAUGAUAUGGUAUCCCAGCUCGCCAUUCGUGAAGCCGUGGAGGCCUUUCUUUCCAGAUCCCAGGCGGACCUCGGCCAAGCCUUACCUCUCCACGUGGAAGAGUCACUCACUUAUCUACAGGAUCACCUGCUAGAUGUCUGUCAGUGUUGAAUUAAAAACGUGUUCUGCUCAGUUUCUUGGAUACAUUAUAAAGCAUUGGACUAAUUUAUUAUUUAUUUUUUUGUAUAAAUUGACUUGUUCAAUAUUUUUAAUCUAAAUAAAGGCCGUGCCUUGGUGGGUCUAUUGAAUUAAAACAUAUAUUGAA